AUGGCAGCAGAAGCAGCUGGUGGGAAAUACAGAAGCACAGUCAGCAAAAGCAAAGACCCCUCGGGGCUGCUCAUCUCUGUGAUCAGAACUCUGUCUACCAGUGAUGAUGUGGAAGACCGAGAAAAUGAGAAAGGGCGCCUUGAAGAAGCCUAUGAGAAGUGUGACCGUGACCUGGAUGAGUUGAUCGUGCAGCACUACACAGAGUUGACGACAGCCAUUCGCACAUACCAGAGCAUCACCGAGCGCAUCACCAACUCUCGAAAUAAAAUCAAGCAGGUGAAAGAGAAUCUGCUUUCAUGCAAGAUGCUGUUGCACUGCAAAAGGGAUGAGCUUCGGAAGUUGUGGAUUGAAGGAAUUGAGCAUAAGCAUGUCCUGAAUCUGCUGGAUGAAAUUGAGAACAUCAAGCAAGCGCCUCAAAAACUAGAACAGUGCAUGGUCAGCAAGCACUAUCUCAGUGCCACCGACAUGCUGGUGUCAGCAGUCGAGGGCCCCCUGCUCCAGGUGGAGGGAUUGAGUGACCUUAGGUUGGAGCUUCAUAGCAAGAAGAUGAACCUCCAUUUGGUUCUCAUAGAUGAAUUCCACCAGCACCUGUACAUCAAAUCCACUAGCCGAGUUGUGCAGCGUAACAAGGAGAAAGGGAGAGUGAGCUCUCUUAUAAAAGAUGCUUCUCCUGUUCCUCUGAUUGAUGUUACAAACCUUCCUACUCCUCGAAAAUUCCUUGAUACCUCUCAGUAUUCUACUCCUGGAAGCUCAAGUGCAAGGGAGAUAAACCUGCAGGAUAUCAAGGAGGAUUUGGAAUUGGAUCCAGAGGAGAAUAGCACCCUUUUUAUGGGCAUUCUCAUCAAAGGACUGGCCAAACUGAAGAAGAUUCCAGAGACAGUGAAGGCGAUCAAAGAGCGCUUGGAGCAGGAGUUGCAGCAGAUUGUGAAGAGGUCUACCACCCAGGUGGCAGACAGUGGCUAUCAGAGGGGAGAGAGCCUCACUGUGGAGAACCAGCCAAGGUUACUUCUAGAACUGCUGGAGUUGCUGUUUGACAAGUUUAACGCUGUAGCCACUGCACACUCUGUGGUCCUGGGGUACCUGCAAGACACUGUGGUAGCUCCAUUGACUCAGCAGGAAGAUGUCAAGCUGUAUGAUAUGGCGGACGUGUGGGUGAAGAUCCAAGAUGUUCUGCAGAUGCUGUUGACUGAGUACUUGGAUAUGAAAAAUACUCGUACGGCCUCUGAACCAUCAGCUCAACUAAGUUAUGCCAGCACUGGACGAGAUUUUGCAGCCUUUUUUGCCAAGAAGAAGCCUCAAAGGCCAAACAAUUCUCUUUUUAAGUUCGAAUCCUCCUCCCAUGCCAUCAGCAUGAGUGCCUAUUUGCGAGAGCAGAGACGAGAGCUCUACAGUCGCAGUGGAGAACUUCAAGGCGGUCCUGAUGACAACUUAAUUGAAGGUGGAGGAACCAAAUUUGUCUGCAAUCCUGGAGCCAGAAAUAUUACUGUCAUAUUCCAUCCAUUGCUAAGAUUAAUCCAGGAGAUUGAGCAUGCCCUGGGACUUGGCCCAGCCAAACAGUGCCCUCUUCGAGACUUUCUCACUGUGUACAUCAAGAACAUCUUCCUCAAUCAAGUCUUGGCAGAAAUCAACAAGGAGAUUGAAGGAGUCACCAAAACAUCUGACCCCUUGAAGAUCCUAGCUAAUGCAGACACCAUGAAGGUGAUGGGGGUGCAGCGGCCUCUUCUGCAGAGCACGAUCAUUGUGGAGAAGACAGUGCGAGACCUCAUGAACUUGAUGCAUGACCUGAGUGCAUACUCGGAUCAGUUCCUCAACAUGGUGUGUGUGAAGCUCCAGGAGUACAAGGACACCUGCACCACCGCCUGCAGGGGCAUUGUCCAGUCAGAGGAGAAACUUGUCAUCAGUGCAUCUUGGGCAAAAGAUGACGAUAUCAGCAGACUCUUGAAAUCUCUACCAAACUGGAUUAACAUGGCUCAACCCAAACAGCUGAGGCCAAAGAGAGAAGAGGAAGAAGAUUUCAUAAGGGCAGCCUUCGGCAAGGAGUCAGAAGUUCUUAUCGGGAACCUGGGUGACAAAUUAAUCCCUCCACAAGACAUCCUCCGUGAUGUCAGUGACCUCAAAGCAUUGGCCAACAUGCACGAAAGCCUGGAGUGGCUAGCAGGUCGGACAAAGUCAGCCUUCUCCAAUCUUUCUACAUCUCAGAUGUUGUCUCCUGCUCAAGAGAGCCAUAUGAACAUGGAUCUUCCUCCAGUGUCAGAGCAGAUCAUGCCGACUCUGAGUGAACUUGCCAAAUCCUUCCAGGAUAUGGCUGACCGCUGCUUGCUGGUCCUACAUCUGCAAGUCAGGAGAGGAAAAUUAAGUUGCCAUUUGAGCCCAAGAUGCCAGGAAUGUCGCCUUUAUCAGCUGAUUUUUCUCACCAUCAGGAGGGCUCUAAGUGGGCUCAACAGCAGCCGCCUGCCACUGUUGGGAUCCAAAGUGUGCAUGCACUUUCUCAAAAUCACCCAUCCUGCUGUGUAA